GACUUGAAAGCACAUAUACACACAAACAUGUCAGCCAGCUAAGACACCAUAAAUGAUUAAAAUCUGGUUGGGGAUUGUCAGCUUGUACCUGUUACGAACCUUUGUUUCACUAACCCUUUUUUAAAAUGAUUAUUCCGUCUUAGUUUUCCUUGUUCACUGUACAUGCUGUUAUCUUUCUCUCUUCAAGGUCUUUGGUGUCAUCUGUAUAAAAUAUAGCAGUCUAAUGUAACACAGUGUUUCUAGACAGUUUAGACUUUGGUCUUUUGAAAACCCAACCCAUGCUUACAUAUGAAAGGGCAGUAUACAUCCUGGAAGAAAAACAUGUCCAAGCUUGCCUCUUUCUAAAAUCAAUGUAUCAUUGGAAACAUUAUCAGUUGUUUCCUGUAAUGAAAGGGAAAGCAAACACUUCACAAGCAUAUCCCCCCGAUUUUUUUUAAAGGGAUUCCGACUGUUAUGCAUUAAGUUUAUUUGUCACUUAUUUCUGUUUUUCAAGGUCUCGUAUCCUCCAACCAUCCCACUUUGAGGGGAACCAUCCUGAUUAAACUUCUGCUAUCCCAUUUUUUUCAGCUGCCUUUGAAAUAUCCCUGUUUCUCUCAUCUCCUCCCACUUUUCUCUUUGUCCAUGGCUUGCUUCUGUUGCUGCAAACUGAGUUCAAAGUGCUACUCUCAGAGUGUGAAAUUGUGCAUCAAGGCAUAUUAGAAGUGCUGGGUGUCACUUCUGGUUGCCAUUUUCAGCUGAUUUGGGCUGUUUUUGUGUGUGUGCAGUUUGGAAGUGUGAUGGAAUCCCUGUCCAGAAUGAUCCCACAGUUGUGAUGCUUGGGCAUCAGGGAGACCAUUACUGGAGAAGUUACCGUGUUGAUCUGUGGAUUCAAUAUGAUAAGAUAUGCAUACUAUUAUUCAGGAAUAGGCGCUGCUGUUCUUAUUGCUGCCUAUGCACACGUUGCAUGUUGGACGCUUGCAGCUGGCCACCAGGUCAAGCGAAUUAGACUGAAUUUUUUCCAUGCUAUCAUGCGACAAGAAAUUGGGUGGUUUGAUAUCAAUGAUAUUGGGGAACUAAAUACUCGCCUUAUAGAUGAUGUCUCCAAAAUCAAUGAAGGAAUUGGUGAUAAGAUUGCAAUGCUAAUCCAAGGAGUAUCUUCAUUUCUAGCAGGAUUUGUAAUUGGGUUCAUUAAAGGAUGGAAACUGACUCUUGUAAUACUUGCCAUCAGUCCUGUUCUGGGACUCUCAGCUGCAGCCUGGGCAAAGGUCCUUACUGCUUUCACCAACAAGGAGCUUGCUGCAUAUGCCAAAGCUGGAUCAGUUGCUGAGGAGGUUCUCACAGCAAUUAGGACAGUGAUUGCCUUUGGAGGGGAGAAAAAAGAAAUUCAGAGGUAUCAUAAAAAUUUAGAAGAGGCUAAAAACAUAGGAAUAAAAAAGGCUAUUACGGCCAACAUUUCCAUAGGAAUUGCUUUCUUGUUGAUAUAUGCAUCAUAUGCAUUGGCUUUCUGGUAUGGAACUACUUUGAUACUUGAUGAAGGAUACAGUAUUGGGGAAGUCCUUACAGUCUUCUUUGCUGUCCUAAUUGGAGCAUUUAGCAUUGGGCAGGUGUCUCCAAACUUAGAAGCAUUUGCUAUUGCCAGAGGAGCUGCUUAUGCAAUUUUCAAUAUCAUAGACAACGAACCUCAGAUUGACAGCUUUUCAGAAACUGGCUACAAACCUGACCAACUGAAAGGAAAUCUGGAUUUCCGAAAUGUUUAUUUCAAUUAUCCAUCAAGGCCAGAUGUCCAGGUAUUAAAAGGGUUGAAUCUGAAGGUUAACAGUGGCCAGACAGUAGCCCUGGUAGGCAGCAGUGGCUGUGGGAAAAGCACAACAGUCCAGCUGAUACAGAGAUUUUAUGAUCCCCUGGAAGGCAUGGUUACCAUUGAUGGACAGGAUAUUAAGACUCUAAAUUUGAGGUAUCUUAGGGAAAUUAUAGGUGUGGUGAACCAAGAACCUGUGCUGUUUGCUACCACCAUUGCAGAAAAUAUUCGAUAUGGCCGUGAAGAUGUCACCAUGGAAGAGAUGGAAAAAGCUGUCAAAGAAGCUAAUGCCUAUGACUUCAUCAUGAAAUUGCCCAAUAAGUAUGAAACUGUGGUUGGAGAGAGGGGAGCACAGCUAAGUGGAGGACAAAAGCAAAGGAUAGCAAUUGCCCGAGCUCUUGUUCGGAAUCCCAAGAUUCUCUUGCUGGAUGAGGCAACGUCAGCAUUGGAUACUGAAAGUGAAGCGGUUGUUCAAUCAGCAUUGGACAAGGCAAGGGAAGGUCGUACAACAAUUGUGAUAGCCCAUCGCUUGUCUACAGUCCGAAAUGCAGAUGUGAUAGCUGCUUUUGAAGAUGGUGUCAUCACAGAGCAAGGAUCUCAUAAUGAACUUAUGAAAAGGAAAGGAGUUUAUUUCAAAUUGGUUAAUAUGCAGUCUAUUGAAACUGAGGUUCAUUCGGAGAAGCCUGAUGAAAAGGAUCCCAGUUUCUCAAAAAAAUCACUGGAAGAAGCUUCUAAAAAUGCCAUCUCAAAUGGACUGAGAAGACGUUCAACUCACAGGAGCUUCAAAAAUCCAGAAGCACAGGAUGAAGACCUUGAAGUCCAAACCAUUCAGCCUGAUGGAAAUUUGCCCCCUGUUUCAUUUCUGAAGAUUAUGAAGCUUAAUAUAUCUGAAUGGCCUUACUUUUUAGUGGGAACAUGUGCUGCAAUUGUCAAUGGAGCUUUGCAGCCUGCAUUUUCAAUCAUUUUCUCAGAAAUCAUAGGGAUUUUUGCAUUACAAGAUCCAAACGAGACAAGACAAAAGAGCAAUUUGUAUUCAUUGCUCUUCUUAGGACUCGGAGUCGUUUCCUUUGUAACAUUUUUUCUUCAGGGUUUCACUUUUGGCAAAGCUGGAGAGGUCCUUACAAUGAAGCUUCGUUACAUGGGAUUCAAAGCAAUGCUUAGACAGGAUAUUGGUUGGUUUGAUGACCCUAAAAACAGUACUGGAGCCUUGACUACUCGUCUUGCUCAUGAUGCUUCUGAAGUAAAAGGGGCUACUGGAGCCAGGCUAGCGAUGAUUGCCCAAAAUCUGGCUAACCUCGGGACAGGGAUUAUUAUAUCAUUUGUGUAUGGCUGGCAGUUGACCCUCUUAAUCUUGGCUGUUGUGCCAAUCAUUGCUAUAGGAGGGCUCAUUGAAAUGAGAAUGUUGGCUGGACAUGCCAAGAAAGAUAAGAAGGAGCUUGAAAAUGCAGGGAAGAUUGCAACAGAAGCAAUAGGAAAUAUCCGAACUGUUGUCUCCCUUACUCAGGAAAGAAAAUUUGAAUUCAUGUAUGGACAAAAUUUGCUAGUACCAUACAGAAAUUCUAUUAAGAAAGCACACAUUCAUGGACUCACCUUUGGCCUUUCCCAAGCAAUAAUGUAUUUUACCUAUGCGGGUUGUUUUCGGUUUGGUGCCUGGCUUGUGGCAAAUGGUUACAUGAACUUUAAGGAUGUUUUCUUGGUAUUCUCCUGUAUUGUCUUUGGUGCCAUGGCACUAGGACAGACAUCUUCCUUUACACCAGACUAUGCUAAAGCCAAGAUAUCUGCUGCUCAUAUGUUUGCACUGUUUGAAAGAGUACCCUUAAUAGAUAAUUACAAUGAGGCGGGAAUGAAACCUGAAAGAUUUGAUGGUAAUACAGCAUUUAAAAAAGUGGCCUUCAACUAUCCCACCCGACCAGAUGUUUCAGUGCUCAAAGGGCUGAGUGUUGCUGUAGAGAAAGGACAAACAUUGGCUCUUGUGGGAAGCAGUGGCUGCGGGAAGAGUACAUUGGUCCAGCUGCUUGAAAGAUUUUAUGACCCUCUCAGUGGAGAAGUGCUAGUAGAUAGCCAAAAUGCAAAUGAGUUAAAUAUCCAGUGGCUGAGGUCCCAGAUUGGGAUUGUCUCUCAAGAACCAGUCCUGUUUGACUGCAGUAUCGCUGAGAAUAUUGCUUAUGGUGAUAACAGCAGAGAGGUGCCAUUUGAAGAAAUCGUUGAAGUGGCUAAAGCAGCCAACAUACACUCCUUCAUUGACUCUUUACCAGACAAAUACAACACUUCUGUUGGUGACAAAGGGACUCAGCUUUCUGGGGGCCAAAAACAACGCAUUGCUAUUGCUCGUGCUCUUAUCCGUCAGCCUAGAAUACUUCUACUGGAUGAAGCUACCUCUGCACUUGAUACAGAAAGUGAAAAGAUUGUCCAGGAGGCUCUAGAUAAAGCCAGACAAGGACGUACCUGCAUUGUAAUAGCUCACCGCUUAUCUACAGUGCAGAAUGCUGACAGUAUAGCAGUGAUCCAGAAUGGCAAAGUCACAGAACAAGGAACACACCAGCAACUACUGGCUGCAAAAGGAAUUUAUUACUCUCUAGUCAAUGUUCAGGCAGGAUCAGCUACUGUAUAAAUAUGCCGUGUGGAAUUAAUUUUUAGAGAAGGCAGUAGCAAAAGAUAUUCCUUAUACCAUCUCCAGCUUAAGCAAAACAAACUGGCAGUGGUAAUGGACUGAAUUCCAUAAGGAUUAUUGAAAUGACAUUUCUCUGGAGAUUUUUUCUCAGCUGAGGACAGCACACUGUACUUUGGAAAGUUAUGCUUGUGUGUGUGUGUGUGUGAGAGAGAGAGAGAUCACUCCAAGGACUUUGUGUCCAAAACAGCAACAAAACAUAUGUAAAUGUUGGAGAAAGAAGUCCACUUUGUUUUCUAAAUGGUUCAAUGACCAAAAAUCACAAGCAGUUUCAAUAUUUGAUUAGAUACAUCUAGUUCCUGGAAACCAGGUGUGCUGGAGGAAGAGACACAAGUCACUAUUAUUCUGGAUUGCCAAAGGAACAUGUUUCAAAAACAUUUCGGUUGUCAAUACUUGUCAAACUUGCUGAAAAGUUCCUUAACACGGGCAAUUUUGACAAUGGUUGGGGAUGGCGCACUGCAGAUGUUGAAUUGGAACUUCCAUCAUCCUCGAUAAUAGCACUGCUAGUUAGGCUGAGAUGAGUAACAUUCCCAACAUUUGAUGGGCUGCAAUUGACAACCCUUGUUUUAAAGAAAACGUGUUUGAGAUGAGGGCCUCCAUAAGACUUAGCUAGCUGUUGUGGUGCUUUAAACAGCAAAACAGUGUUAACCACCUGGAAGAAAAGUGUGUAUUAUCUGAACAUUUUUCUGAAGCUAUUAUACAAAAUGCAUUCCACCAAAAAAUAUAUUGUUAAAUUUUAUUUUCAACUGAAGAGUAAAUGUUAAUAUUUGGAAUGUAUUUAUUUUUUUAAAAAGUUAUGUCUUUUUAUAAGCAAUUAUAUUUAGCAUUAGAUGAAAAAUGUAGGCUUUAAGUGGUAUUGUUUUUCUCUGCUGAACUAGUGCAAGCACAGUUUAGCAGUUGACAUGGUGUACAAUAUCUGAAACAAAUGGUUAACCUUAUACCCAGUACUUCUCAAAUGUUAAUAUGCUGCCCACCCAUGUUAAAAUCUCAAGGGGGAUACACAUUCAUAAUUUGAUCUCCCAUCCUAACACAACCUCAGUUUCUUUAAAGAGUUUAUGCACUACUAUAAUAUAAACUAAGCUGACAUAAAAUAGUUUAGUGUAAUGCUUGUCAGCUAGUCAGGAGCGAGGGAAACUCGGAUCACAGCAUAAGCAUUUUCACCAUUCAUGGUCUCCAGAUUAUAGAUGCCACUGCAAAGAGAGCCCUAACCACAGACCAUGAUUGCUGGAGUCCUAUAAUGUUUCGGAAGCAAACAUAUAUAGAAAAAAACUGUGCAUGUUUUAUUUAAAAAACAGUUCAGAAAAGGUUAAAGAAAUAGUGGAUUGCACUUCUCUGCAAGACACAUGCAGCCUUGCACAAGUAUAGAUUCAACAUCUAUAUAGAACCUUUCUAUUAGGAUACACCAUUGUAACUGGUGAGAAGAGUAGGAUACCAACAUAUUAGCAGACUAUACAUCUCUAUUUAUUUUCUCAGUUGUAAGUGUAUAUAUAACAAAAAAGAAUACUCAUGCAUCUCAGGUUAUUUGCAAGACCUUCCCCAUUAGAAGAUCAAGUCUCCAGCUCACUCUUCCUUGGCCUGCUUUUAUUUUAGGUCUCUCUUGCAGCUGAACUCCUGAACUAUGUUUUGAUCAAAUGAUAGUUAGGUUAAAGCAUAAUACAAUAAUUACACUAUGUCUCAAAAUCAACAGAAGGAACAGGAAUGAUUUAGGGUUUACAAAGAAUAGAGGCCACAAUUCUACUGGGCUACUUUGUUGUGUUUGAGUAACAAGUAAUGACUCCCAACCUGAAUUUGCAACCUACUUAAUGGGCAUCAGUCACACCAAGAGAAAGAAGUCCAUUCUGUGAUUAGUGGGGUGCAGGUGGAUGCAGUUUGCACCUUAUUUCUGCCAAUGAGUGAGGUAGCAAAAGAAGUGUGACAGUGUUCCUCCUGAUUGUCGCAGCCUCACUUGCAGAGUGGAAACAUCAUCCACUCAUGCCUUGCUCACCAGCAAAAUGAACCUCCUUCUCUGACUGCAGCUUAUGCCCAGUAAAGUAGGAGCCACAAUUGUGAUUAUGUAGGGAUCUUUAGUAUGGAUCAGUUACAGAUGUGUAAUCACAACAUGAGAUACUGAAUUCUUCUCAUUGUUCUGAAUUAUUUGUAAGCUGUUUUAGCUAGGUGUGUAUGCAAGGAGUUACAAGUGGCUUAAAUAAAAUGAAAUACUAUAUAUUGUAUAUACUCAUGUAUAAGUCCAGAAAUUUUAGUUGAAAAUCAACUCAAAAAACCCAGGCUGACUUAUCCACAGGUCAAUUAAGUACCAUACCUUAACUCUUAUCCAAAAGGAAUCAUCACCUACUCUGAAUGGAAUGGUGAAAGGCAAGAACUUAGUCCAUUCCAGGAAAACCUAAAAGAAGCACCAACCAACUCUGCUGCAGUGUUGCUUCUAUCCUUUUUGGAAUCCCUGGUUGGGGAAAUAUCACCAUGCUUUGGCAUCAUUUUUCUUUAUUCCAUCCUUUGUUACAUGCCCCUAAGUUUCACCCUUGACUUAUACGUGGGUUAUAUCAAAUUCUAUAAUUUUGUUCCCCAAACCUGCCCUAGACUUAUACAUGAGGUCAACUUAUAGUCAAACAUAUAUGGCAGGUUCAUGGAAGCGAGUGAGUCAUCUCCAAAGUAUCCCCUUACAACAGAGGAAUGCCUGUAUGUAAAAAUGAAUUCAACACUUACUGGUUUUGAGGCAGCUUUAUUUCAGAGAGAAGAAAUUACACAACUGAUAACACAAAAUCCUCUCCCCAUGUGCCAAGGAAAUCUGACAUCCUGAGAAUCUUGUUAGAUUAUACACAUUAAGCAUCAUUGUCAAAUAAUAGCUCCUCAUCACCAAAAUAUUUUUUCCAGAAUUUCAAGUAUGAUUUCAGUUUCUGUUCUUUGUUUGGAAUGGAAAAAUAAAAUUUAAAACAAGUUUCUUAA